AUGCAUACCAAAGGCCCGGCCCCGCAGCUCCACGAUGGUAGCAACUUGCGCAUCGGUAUCGUCCACGCGCGCUGGAAUGACACCAUCAUCAAUCCCUUGCUCGCCGGCGCAAAGGCCAAGCUCGAGGAGUGUGGAGUCAAGGAGUCGAACAUCGUGGUUCAGACCGUUCCGGGCUCGUGGGAACUACCAAUUGCCGUUCAACGCCUCUACGCGGCCUCGCAAGUACAGUCCUCGUCAGCCGGCAGCGGCGGCUCCGCAGGGGACCUGCUAGGCAGCUCGACAGUUGACUUAACGUCCUUACCCGCGGCCUCGGCUUCGACGGGACCGUUCGACGCCAUCAUCGCCAUUGGUGUACUGAUCAAGGGAGAGACGAUGCAUUUUGAAUACAUCUCUGGCAGUGUCUCAGACGGGUUGAUGCGUGUGUCCUUGGACACGGGUGUGCCCGUCAUAUUCGGUGUCCUCACCGUGUUAAACGACGAGCAGGCGAGGGCCCGCGCAGGUCUCAUCGAAGGGAGCCACAACCACGGCGAGGACUGGGGGCUUGCUGCUGUUGAGAUGGGUGUGAAACGGAAGGCCUGGGCGUCCGGAACAAUCGAAUAA